UUGCUGCUCUCCUUUGCUUCUUCCCUUUGAGAAUAACCGCCGUCCAAGAAAUCCCCUCCUAAUUUUGACAAGAACCGUUUCCUUCUUUUCUUUCUACUCCUAAUAAGACCAAAUAAAACUCCAACUUUUAUUCCUUGACCUCUGCUUUCUUUCUUUGAAAAACAGAGCACCAGCCAUAGUUUCCUCAUAAUGAAGUUUGAAUUGUUCAACGAAACAGGGGAGGGAAGGAAACUUUAAAAAGCCAAUGACUUCCAAGGAAGAGCUUCAUCCCGAGGACAACCCGAAGGAUUCGCCGAAUUCUAAAGAAGAAAUAGGGGAAAACAGAAAAAGCUCAGAAGCAAAGCCUGAUGAUAAUAUCAGCAAUAGCUCUGAUCAGAACUCCCCUCGUGGUGUGCUAGAGAUCCCAAUAUCUAGUGCAGAUUCUGAUGUCGGCAGCAGCAGCAGCAUCAGCAGGGAUACUUUGUCGGGGGACCGAUCAAUUGCUCCAGAUGGAACAGUGUUGGAGUCCCACAGCUUGCAGUGGAGGACUUUGAUUGGUGGCUUGAUUCUGAGAAAGAAGAGGUGCAUGAUGAGGCUAUCAACAUUUCCUCCGGUGACGGCAGGCUUGGGCUUGCAGGGGACUCAGAGUAAGAAGGAUAGGAUGGAGAGUGGGGAACUCACAGCAGAGAUUAGAAGGGGAAGGCCCUCUUGGAGGAGCUUUGACUACCAGGAGCUUGCAGCUGCUACUGAUAACUUCAACCCAGAUAAAUUGAUUGGGAAAGGUGGACAUGCAGAGGUGUAUAAAGGAUGCCUUGCUGAUGGACAGCUUGUAGCAGUGAAGAGGUUGACAAAGAAAGACAACGAGGAGGAGAGAGUUGGAGAUUUCUUAUCAGAACUUGGAAUAAUUGCCCAUGUCAAUCACCCGAAUGCUGCACAACUGCUGGGGUUCAGCGUGGAAAGGGGCUUGCACCUUGUUCUCAGGUUCUCUCCACAUGGAAGCUUGGCUUCUGUGCUUCAUGGUUCGAAGGAAGGCCUUGAAUGGAAGGUAAGGUUUAAGAUUGCUUUAGGCAUAGCAGAAGGGCUGCUCUAUCUCCACGAAGGAUGCCAGCGGCGCAUAAUCCAUAGAGACAUGAAGGCCUCCAACAUACUGUUGACUGAAGACUUUGAGCCGCAGAUAUCUGAUUUUGGACUUGCAAAGUGGCUGCCAGACAACUGGACUCACCACAUUGUGUUCCCCAUUGAAGGGACAUUUGGAUAUUUGGCGCCUGAAUACUUCAUGCAUGGGGUAGUGAAUGAGAAGAUUGACGUGUUCGCUUUCGGGGUGUUGCUGCUCGAGCUGAUAACAGGGCGAAGGGCAGUUGACUCUUCUCGACAGAGCCUAGUGAUAUGGGCAAAGCCACUCCUCGACACAAACAACGUAAAAGAACUUGCCGACCCUUCUCUUGGAGAUGCUUAUGACCCUGAAGAAAUGAGACGUUCUUUAUUAGUAGCUUCUAUGUGCAUUCACCACCUCUCAACCUCACGGCCUAAUAUGAAUUGGGUGGUCAGGCUUUUAAAGGGAGAGCAAGGAUAUGCAGAACUCCUGGGAAGAGAAUUGAGGCCUAAAAUUGCAAGACCACCACUAUUUGACGCUUGUGAUUCAGAGGACUACACUUGCUCAAGGUAUCUCAACGAUCUCCAUCGGCACAAGCAACUUGCCUUGGAGCAAUGAAUUAGUGUGCAACCUAAGGAGUUCUUCUCUUUUUGUAUAUUAAGAGGUCCUUUCAUGGUCCCAAAUGUAUGCAUCGAUGGAGGGACUGUGCUCGCCAACUACCUCUUGUAGUUGUUCCAAAUCUAAGACUUGAAGUGUUGGAUCUACUCUAAUGUGUCCUCUUCCCUUUGGUUACACUUGCUGGGUACAGUUAGCUUCAAGCAAGAUUCAUGCUCCUUAUGAACAUCAUAUUAGUUAAACUAAAGCGAUACAGAAAGCUAAGCAUCCUAGUAUGGUAUAAUGUAUGCACUCCUUUUGAAGUGUUUUGGUGGUUGGAGGACAUCCACAUGGUUGCACAUUAAGAACUUGCAAUUAGCAUUAAAAAAUAGGAUUGAUCACAACCUCCAUAAGUGGUGCUCAACUCUUUCAGACUCAACAGACCAUGUAUCAUGGGGACCCAAAGCUCAAUUAUGAGGACAAUCUUCUUAUUUAGCAAUAUUAUUAUAUUCUGCUCUCUA